GGUUGUGAAAUAUUUAUUUUGAAGAGCUGUAUUCCCCCAAAAUCUUAUUGAUGCUUGACAUCUAAAAUUACAUAAUGAUUUACUACCAUCAUGUUAAGUUAUUGUCAUUGUUUAUGGUCCUCCAAGUAUAUACAAAUACGUUCAUGUUUCACAUGCAAUGUUUGUUAACACGUGGGUCAAAGGUGACAACACCAUGUUCCCUCAUUUUACCAAUUUUAAAAGCACAAUGUUAUUUAAUCUUGACAAAGAACAGAGUCAGACACGUGGUUGGAGCUUAUAAUCUGAACAGCAGAUAUAGCAAAAUGGUUGUAAUGUUUUACCAUAUUAAUCUAUAACAUUUUCAAAUUGCUCCAGGUUUUGUAGUGCAAGCUACACUCCUGGCCAAAAAAAAGUCACCAUUUGGAUUUAAAUAAGCAGAUACACUAUAUUGCCAAAAGUAUUCGCUCAUCUGCCUUUAGACACAUAUGAACUUAAGUGACAUCCCAUUCUUAAUCCAUAGGGUUUAAUAUGACGUCGGCCAACCCUUUGCAGCUAUAACAGCUUCAACUCUUCUGGGAAGGCUUUCCACAAGGUUUAGGAGUGUGUUUAUGGGAAUUUUUGACCAUUCGUCCAGAAGCGCAUUUGUGAGGUCAGACACUGAUGUUGGAUGAGAAGGCCUGGCUCGCAGUCUUCACUCUAAUUCAUCCCAAAGGUGCUCUAUCGGGUUGAGGUCAGGACUCUGUGCAGGCCAGUCAAGUUCUUCCACACCAAACUCACUCAUCCAUGUCUUUAUGGACCUUGCUUUGUGCACUGGUGUGCAGUCAUGUUGGAGCAGGAAGGGGCCAUCCCCAAACUGUUCCCACAAAGUUGGGAGCAUGGAAUUGUCCAAAAUCUCUUGGUAUGCUGAAGCAUUCAGAGUUCCUUUCACUGGAACUAAGGGGCCAAGCCCAGCUCCUGAAAAACAACCCCACACCAUAAUCCCCCCUCCACCAAACUUCACAGUUGGCACAAUGCAGUCAGACAAGUACCGUUCUCCUGGCAACCGCCAAACCCAGACUCGUCCAUCAGAUUGCCAGAUGGAGAAGCAUGAUUCGUCACUCCAGAGAACGUGUCUCCACUGCUCUAGAGUCCAGUGGCGGCAUGCUUUGCACCACUGCAUCCGACGCUUUGCAUUGCACUCGGUGAUGUAUGGCUUGGAUGCAGCUGCUCGGCCAUGGAAACCCAUUCCAUGAAGCUCUCUACGCACUGUUCUUGAACUAAUCUGAAGGCCACAUGAACUUUGGAGGUCUGUAGCGAUUGACUCUGCAGAAAGUUGGCGACCUCUGCACACUAUGUGCCUCAGCAUCCGCUGACCCCCGCUCUGUCAUUUUACGUGGCCUACCACUUCGUGGCUGAGUUGCUGUCAUUCCCAAUCGCUUCCACUUUGUUAUAAUACCACUGACAGUUGACUGUGGAAUAUUUAGUAGCGAGGAAAUUUCACGACUGGACUUGUUGCACAGGUGGUAUCCUAUCACAGUACCACGCUGGAAUUCACUGAGCUCCUGAGAGCAGCCCAUUCUUUUACAAAUGUUUGUAGAAGUAGUCUGCAUGCCUAGGUGCUUCAUUUGAUACACCUGUGGCCAUGGAAGUGAUUGGAACACCUGAAUUCAAUUAUUUGGAUGGGUGAGCGAAUACUUUUGGCAAUAUAGUGUACUUAAGAGCCUGUGACUGGAUCAUUAUUGCAGUGAUUAAUGUUUCAGCUGGCAACCAUUUUUAUUUUAUUUUUGCAGUGUGUAGCUUCUCAUUUCUUAAACAACCAUGUUGGAAAACGUAUCCCAUGGUCGUGGAAAAGAUGUUACUGUGUUUCAGAAGGGGAAAAUUAUUGGCCUGCAUCAAGCAAAGAAAACAACUAAGGAGAUUGCUGAAAUCACUGGAACUGGGUUAAGAACUGUCCAACGCAUUAUAACCUGGAGAGAUAGUGGUGAGCCAUCAGCUUUGUGGAAGAAAUGUGGUCGGAAAAACAUCUGGAGAUCACUAAAAUGCUUGGAAGUCACAGCUUAAAAAAAUCGACAGUAGAACUCACGGCUAUGUUUAAUAGUGAAAGUAAGAUCAUUUCCACACACACAAUGUGACGAGAACUUACAGGAUUGGGACUAAACAGCUGUGUGGCCACAAGAAAGCCAUUUAUUAGUGAGGCUAAUCGGAAAAAAAUGACUUCAAGUUGCUAGGGAGCAUAAAGAUUGGACUGUGGAAUAAGGGAAAAAGGUCAUGUGGUCUGAGUCCAUAUUUACCCUAUUCAAAAGCGAUGGGCACGUCAGGGUAAGAAGGGAAGCGCAUAAAGCGAUGCAUGACGGGUGCAUAUUGCCCACUGUACGAGCCUUUGGAGGCAGUGUUAUGAUCUGGGGUUGCUUCAGUUGGUCAGAUCUAGGCUCAGCAAAGCUAUGCAGCAAUAAAGUGAAAUCAGCUGACUACCUGAAUGUACUGAAUGAUCAGGUUAUCCCAUCAAUAGAUUUUUUUUUUUUUUUUUUUUUUCUUCACUGACAGCACGGACAUAUUCCAGGACAACAAUGCAAAGAUUCAUCGGGCUCAAUUUCAGUGGUCAAGAAAUGUGAAAAAUGGCAAUUUUUGCUUAUAAAAAUAAUUUAUAUAGUUUUGCCUAAAAUCAUGAGAUUGGUCUCUUUAGAUUCCUUGGGGUAUACUGAGUCGAAUGAUACCCAAUUUUCUGGCCAUACUGGGCGUCGGCCAUUUUGAAUUUUGUCUUAAAUUGCUGUAUAUUACAAACACAUUGACAUGUCAUUACGAAAUUUGGUAUGUGUCAUUGGGGCCAUGUCCUGAAGUUACUCAAAAAGCUUGGGGACAGUGCCACGCAGUGGUCAAAAUAUGCAAAUAAAUGCUUAAAACUUUUGAAUAAUGCCUCUUGUCAUGAGACAUGCAUCGUUAGCUUCCUUGGGCCACGCCAAGUACGUUCAUACCAAAUUUGCAAUGGUCGGCCAUACGUGUCUGUUAUUUUGAAUUUAAUUAAAAACCUACUUUUUUUUUUUUAACUCCUUAGUCAAGUCCGUUUUGCACUAAAUUUUGCAUGCAUCAUUUAGAGAUAUUCAUGACAAAAGUACUGAAGUUUUUUGAUAGACCAAACUGUUCUCCUGUAAUUCAUCAACUAAUUUAAUGGCAAGAUGCCAAUAAGGAUCUGAGGUUGUAUCUCUUGAGAGUUUUGGUGUAUUGACCUGAAACUUACAAUACCAUAUCAAUUUGGUGACACCGCCACCUAUUGGUCGGAAUUUAUAUGUAUUUGUUUAACACUAAGUAAUAAAACAAUUCUUUUUUUUUUUUCACCACUCUGCUUAAAAUCAUCACCGGAAUUCUAUAUUCAGUCUAAAUGUUUGUAACUGGUGUGCUUGGCCCCAUAAUUGCUGCCUGCAGCUAUAUUUCAAGCUUGAAUUUAUAAAAGUAACAAUAAGUGUGAUCUUCUCAGGUCAGUAUCUGGCACUACUCUUUCUGCAUAAGGUGUACAGAAGUUCUCAUUGAUGCAGAACCAUCAUGCUGCAAAGUCUUGGUGGGAUGGAACAAUUAAGAGCACCCCAGUGCCCGGCUAUAGACUUGGAGCUGGACUUAUGAGGUGCUACGUAAGGGGUCACUACAGAAUCAUUCCAUUACAGACUCACUACUACAGAGUAGAAUAUCUGCACUUGAGGAAAAGAUGUGACUACUCUGUCCCUGUUUUCAUCAUUUAUUUCACUUCUUGUCAUUACAGGAAGUCUGAAUAACACACAACUACAAGCUGCUGAUCUCCUGUGCAAAGUAAUCUGUGUACAAACCACCAGUUUACUGACACUGAGACCACAAAUGUGACUGAUUCCAAAGGCUGAGCUUCUUUUAUCAAACGGUUGUGGUGAUGAAGCAUUCUGAAUGCAUGAGGCAACAAGUACACUAUCAACUAAAAUCUCUCUUCUUACCAUAUGUUACAGAUACCACAAGCAGAUAAAAGAAAAGAAAAUAUGGGAAACACAAAUGUCUCUGCUCCCACACUUAUUUAAACGGUUUUCUCAGUGAGAUCUCACUUAUUGUCGUCAACAUCAUGACCAUCAUCUGUCUGCUUCUGCUGGCCACUCUGCUGCCAAUCCUUACCUUCACUGCCCAUGUGAAUGUGGGUAUAGUGAAUGGUAAGGAAGUGAAACCCCACUCCAGACCUUACAUGGUUUCUGUUCAGUACAAUGGGCAACAUAAAUGUGGUGGAUUCCUCAUUUCUAAUGAGUUUGUCUUGACUGCUGCACAUUGCCGAAACAAAUCUCAAAUUUUCACUGCUGUGGUAGGUGCUCAUGACCUACGAAACAAGAGUGAGAAUUCUGUAAGAUUCAAAGUGAAUUCCUACCACGAACAUCCAAACUACAACAAUAAAACUUAUCACAAUGACAUUAUGCUUUUGAGGCUGGAGAAAAAAGUCACACAAAACAACAAUGUGGAUUGGAUAUCAUUACCAAAGACAGAAGGGGACAUUGAAGCAGGUUCUGUCUGCAGUGUCGCAGGCUGGGGAGCAUUGAAAACUAAUGGCACACUGAGCCCGACGCUCAUGGAAACAAACGUGAAGAUCAUGCAGAACAAAAAAUGUGAAAAUAAAUGGGGCAAGGAGUUCUCCGCUUCCAAGAUGAUCUGUGUUUAUGGCGAUGGAGGAAGCUGUGCGGGGGAUUCAGGUGGUCCUCUGGUUUAUGAAUAUACUGCAGUUGGAGUCACAUCAUUUGGUGACAUAAAACAGUGCAAUUCACUGAAGUACCCUGAAGUUUAUACUAAGAUUUCAGCAUUUCUUCCAUGGAUUCACAACACAACUGGAAAUGUUAACUGACUUUUGCAAAUAAAAACAUGGCAAAAUGUA